GCAGCAUUGCACUUUCAGUCAAAAACAAUUUUUUUUUAACAAAAUUUUUGCAAUCUUCAAAAUCCGGCAAAUAAAAUAAAACUUGAUUAAUAAAUAUUUCUUGCCAAAACCCAUAAAAUUAAAAAAUAAAUAAUCUACUUGCGAAGUCAUUUACAAAAUAACCCAUCAACAUGCCCCUAAUGCCACUUCCUCCAAUGAUGCAAAAUGCAAUUGAACCGAUGCAAGUCGAUGCCCAACCCGAAGACAAUGAAAACAAUGAAGAUAGCAAUUUCAUUGUCGAAAAUCCAACACUCGAUUUGGAAGUGUAUGCCAAUUCUUAUGCUGGUUUGGCCAAACUCUCACGUCUAAUUUUCGUUGCAAAUGUUUGUCCAUCUUUGCGUUUGGAUGCAUUAAAAAUGGCUAUAAAUUAUGUCUCAACAACUUACAAUGUUCCACUCUACCAGAUUUUACAUAAAAAACUAGCUGACAUGAAUGUUGGAGCAAUGUUGCCCGAUGUGGCAGCUCAAUCGACACCACAAGACAUCCCAACUUUCGAUCCAGUUUGGGUUGAAACAAAAACUAAAAAAGCUGCUCUCAAAUUAGAAAAGCUUGAUAGCGAUUUGAAAAAUUACAAAUCCAAUUCUAUUAAAGAGAGCAUUCGUCGGGGUCAUGAUGAUUUGGGUGAUCAUUAUCUUAAUUGUGGGGAUUUGUCGAAUGCUCUUAAAUGCUACUCGAGAGCUCGAGACUAUUGUACAAGUGGCAAACAUGUUGUCAACAUGUGCUUGAAUGUUAUCAAAGUCUCGUUGUAUUUACAAAAUUGGUCGCAUGUUUUGAGUUAUGUUUCCAAGGCAGAAAGUACUCCGGACUUUGCCGAGGGUAAUAAAGAAGCCAAUCAAACUGUUUUAACUCGUCUUAAAUGCACAGCUGGUUUGGCUGAGUUACAGACGAAAAAAUACAAAUCAGCUGCAAAGCAUUUUUUGCAGGCUAAUUUUGAUCAUUGCGAUUUCCCUGAAAUGAUAUCGCCAAAUAAUGUGGCAAUGUAUGGCGGGUUAUGUGCUUUGGCCACAUUUGAUCGCCAGGAACUACAAAAGAAUGUAAUUUCUAGCAGUUCCUUUAAAUUAUUCUUGGAACUUGAACCACAGCUACGUGAUAUUAUAUUCAAAUUCUAUGAAUCAAAGUAUGCUUCAUGUCUCAAUAUGCUGGAGAUGAUUCAUGAUAAUCUGCUUCUUGAUAUGUACAUUGCUCCUCAUGUAAAUACAUUGUAUACAAAAAUUCGCAAUCGAGCUCUUAUUCAGUAUUUCAGUCCAUAUUUGUCGGCUGAUAUGCGUAGUAUGGCGACAGCUUUUAAUCGUAGUGUUUCGGCAUUGGAAAAUGAAUUGAUGCAAUUGAUUUUGGAUGGACAGAUUCAAGCUCGUAUUGAUUCACAUAAUAAGAUUUUGUAUGCUAAGGAUGCUGAUCAGAGGAGUAGUACUUUUGAGAAGGCUAUUAAUAUUGGAAAGGAUUAUCAGCGCAGGUCGAGGAUGCUUGUAUUGAGGGCUGCUAUGCUUAAGGCACAUAUUCAUGUUAAAAAUAUUCUUCGUGAUGGUGGCAAUCAUGGAAGUGAUUUAUGCGUUGCAGCUGGCUCAAGCACUACAACUGGACUGAGAAAUUGAUAAAAAAAAUGAUCUACGUGAAUAGCUUUUAAAAUAAAUAUAUAACCGAUAUCUUUUCGCUGGCAUACAAUGUUGAGCAAAUAAAAUUUUGUCUUUUUUU